AUGGCAGACGCGCACCCUCGGCGACAUGAGAGACGCUCCCUGGGUUCAAAAUCAUCACCCAAUGCCGGUGGCACUAUUCCUCCAGAACUGACGAUUCACAUCUUGACUGCCGACAUUUUACUUGUAUUGUCGAUAUGUUCUGCAAAGUAUUGGCUUUUGGCUCGUGGAGUGGGCUCGUUGUGGCUCUCUAUCAACGUCCUUGCUGGUGCCGGUUUGGGCGCUGUCGUUCUUCUUGCUUUGAGGGAACGAGUAGCGGUUAGAGGUCUAUUUCCAUGGAAGACGGUUGGCCUCGCUGGCGGUCUCGUGUUUAUGCAGCAAAUUGCGCUCUUUUAUAGUCUAAAGAGACUCGAGGCUUCACGGGUCCUAUUUGUUGCACCAUUCAUCUCGUCGGUCGUCCUUCAAUUCACCAGAACUCACUCUGCGCGGAUUCUUGUUCUAACCGCCAUUUCCGUCAUAAUAGCGGCCACUAUUGACGUUCUCACAUCCGGAAACGACACAGCGACCGACUUGAAAGCCUACCUCGGCCUUGCGGUUUAUGGAUCUCUCACUUCGAUUUCGACAUAUAUUGAAGGUCACCUUGCGCCUUCAUUCGAAUCUCCAUCUGUUGGACGAUUAAUCGCCAUUCUUUGCGCCGCAAUCAUGACCAUCCCAAUCCACCUGCUUGGCCGAACCAUCGGGCUACUUCCGCCAUACCCAUACGUUCCCUUGCUGGCACUCACUCCGCUUCCUCUUCUUGCCUUUGUGCUUCACUAUUACCAUCCACAUAUGAUCUCCAAGGGCACCAUUCACUCGCAACGCACCGUUUUCCAGUUGACGUAUAUCCCUACCGCUGCCAUCACGUGCAUCGUUACUCCUCUAUUCUCGCGCACCCUCUCGGUCGCAGAAGUCCCGCUGGCACUUCUCUUCUACUACACCCAGCGGCCGCCUGCGCCUCGUGCGCCAGGUAGUGCUGGCAUGGGCAAGUCUGCCAGCGAGCCCUUUUUCCGGCUCCUUCAGAGUUAUCUCAACACUAUAUUAUCCAAUCAGGAGAGCAGAAAGAUCUUCUACUUUCUCUUGGUCAACUUGGCGUACAUGCUCGUCCAGAUGCUGUAUGGAGUUUGGACGAACAGCUUGGGUCUUAUCUCCGACGCUAUCCAUAUGGCGUUUGACUGCAUGGCCAUCGCGAUGGGUCUCUUCGCUUCGGUAAUGGCAACGUGGAAGCCAAAUGAGCGAUUUACGUAUGGGUACUCUCGAAUCGAGACCCUCUCCGGUUUUGCAAACGGAAUCUUUCUCAUCCUCAUCUCCUUGUUCAUCAUUGUCGAGGCAAUUCAGCGAUUGCUUGACCCGCCACAAAUGAACACGAGACAACUGUUGCUUGUGAGCACGGGUGGAUUAGCGGUCAACCUCUUCGGCAUGUUUGCGAUGGGAGGGCACCAUCAUCACGGACACUCACAUUCGCAUGGAGGACACUCGCAUGGUGGUUCGUCUGCAGCGCACGACAGUCAUUCUCAUGAGUCUCCACAUGGCCACUCUCAUGACUCUCCGCAUGGCCACUCUCAUGACUCGUCAUCGCAUGGUCACUCUCAUGCAGAGGAACAAUGCAGUGAUAGCGAGCAUCAUCACUCUCAUUCGCAUGGCCAUUCGCAUGGCAGCCCGCAAGAAGAAACCUUUCAAUUCCAUACGCACGACCACGAAGAGUCGCAUAGUCACUCUCAUUCGCACUCUCACGAGGACCACGGCCAUUCCCAUCUACAUUUCCGGCCCAACGCUCCUGGUUCGCACUCUGUGGAUACACCGGAUAUCCGACUCGAGUCGCCCAAAGGCGGACAGUUUCGCGUGUUCGAUUCGUCUGGUCCUAAUUCAUCGUUGCCCAUCACGCCUAUUACACCAGCCUCGCUGCCUUUCUCGCCGCUUACCCCCUCCUAUUCGUUCACCCACGACCCACAUCUUCAAGCCCAUCACCCAGAGGCACACUCGCAUGAUCAUUCACACUCGCACGAAGGCCAUUCGCACAACAUGCGCGGUGUGUUCCUCCACGUAAUGGCCGAUACAUUGGGUUCGGUUGGUGUCAUCAUCUCGACUAUCCUGAUCAAAAUUUAUGGAUGGACUGGGUUUGAUCCCAUUGCGUCCAUGUUCAUCGCUAUCCUCAUCGCCGUCAGUGUUUUCCCCUUGGUGAUGGACACAGGCAAGGUGCUUGCGCUCGACUUGGACGGAAAGGAGACGGAUGUCGAGAGGGCUCUAAGAGAAUUGUCUGGUAUCCACGGCGUGCAAAGUUAUACCCAAGCUCAAUUCUGGCCUCUGGAACAAAGCAAGUUGGUCGGAUCGAUUCAUAUACAGAUCACACCCGGUCUCGUUGGUGGAACAAUGCAAGGGAAUGGAGAGCACUACCAUGGGCUGUCCAAAUUAGAUAGAGUGCGAGAGGAAGUUGAGCACAUUCUCAAAUCGCGCAUCAAGGGAUUGGAUGAGUUGGUUAUCCAACUAGAUGGAUAA